AUGGAUAACUCCUACUCAGAGUGUUUGACACUGCUUCAAGAUCAAGCAAACACAAUUCUUGAAGGAUUGCCUGCUUUUGGUCAUAGAAGUAUAUGUUUUACCUGUGGCAAUUCUAUUCUACGUGCAGCUAGAACAUAUCCUGUAAGACAAGAUCGACAAGAGAGAAACAUUUUAGUUAGACAUAUUCCGCUGCAUCUGAUCUCAAGAUUGGAAAGAGUAUGUGCUGCUUGCUGGAGAUCAGCUACAAGAGAAUUGCAAUGUCGUGAUCAGCAAGACUCCAAUCGAUCAAGUCCGCAUCGCAAAGAUCCAAUCGGAUCAAGUAGCGAUCUCAAUAUUCCUGAGCCGCCCCCUCUUCCACAACAAAACCUACACACUACUCAUAUUAGAUCAAAUCCAACAAUUAUGUUUUCAGUGUAUAAGCGCUAG